CAGAGAGACCUCCAGAUCAAUGGCGGAAUGUGGCAUAUAUUUAAAGGAUGCUGGAGUUUCACUCAAAGAAGAAGAAAGUUACACUCAAAACGCUCCUUUUCGCGAACAACAAAUUUCAGAAAAAUCUUCGGAGGUGCGGCAAAAUUCGAAUCCUUAGGAGUUUAUUUGGCCACGAUCUUGUACAAGGACGAAAAAGUUCUGUGCACUUUAGACGACCAGAUUCCGGUCAUUCAAGUGGACGACAAUAUACCUGGUUCGUUCAUGUCAGACUUCCUGUGGUUUUUUAAGGUACUGGAUAUUACGUUUAUCUUAUUUUUGUCAUCUCUGCUGUCAAACUUUUCCAGUCUUUCGCUGAGGAUCAAAUUGAUGGAAGCAGCGGUCACGAUGAAAAUGGCCCUCGGAGUCGAGCAGCUAGGCAGCGUUCAUUAUCUGCCUCUUCGGUUCACUUCUGGAGUGACCAUCAUAUGGACGCCAAUAUGCAAGUUUAUGAAGAAACAGAUGUGUACCAUGCAGAUGAACUUGCUGGAUUAUCUUAACUAUUAUGAAACGGUUCGAACUCAUCUAGCAAACGGACUAUACAUUGGCUACGUCAAACUCCAUACGUCGGUUAAUCACAUCGACGUGGUGGUGCCUGAAAAUCUACCCUCAAUAUUGCCUUUCGUGUAUAUCCGUGAAAAUCCCCACGUUUCAAAGGAAGAAUGGGAAUGGCUACAUUUGUUGAACAGCCAUGGAACGAACGCCACAAAGCCAACGAUCGCCCAGCUGACUUUCCAAUGGGCGGUUGUGUCGGCUGCGAAAAUAUUGCUCAACGACCUUGGGGUGGCCGACACGGAAAUUCCCGUGCAUCGUCUGUACGUAAUGGAGGUGAUCGAGAUCAACGAGAAAAUUUCAUUCAUUCUGCUGUUGCCAUCGAGGGCCGAGAUCUGCACGGCGCCGGGACAAGAGGCGGUUUGGGAAAACCAACGAGGUCGCCUGAACCCCGUUAUAUUACUCUUAGUUCACCUCUGCACGUACCAUCCGGAAUUCAUCUCUCGGUGCUCACGCAUCUCUAUCUUCCUGGAACUUUUUGGCUCAACCAUUCAGCAACUGCAGCGUGAAGUAACAACGCUUUGUCUACUAACCAUGGAAUCAGAAACGAGAGACAAAGUGAACGAAGUGCUGGCACUUCAAAACCGCUUGGAGAAGUUGUGGCAGUCGUCUCGAUGGCUUAGCACCGUUGUAGCCACUUCCCGAUCCAAGCAUCUGUCUUCUGGAUUGAGUCUGGACGUACUGUUUAACUACUCUGUACUCCAACGAGUGUCAAAGGAGUCAAACAUCACUGGAGCCUCUCUCCAAAGACGCGUAUUCAGCAUCAGACAGCGAACGAGCGGCAGAAGCAAGUCCUCUUCGUGCACCAAACUUGACAAACCCAAAGUAGAGUUCAAAGUCCCCUCGGUGAAAAGGCACCAGUCGGUGUUGUCUCUUACGACUGAUCCCAAGGAGGAGCAAAAAGAAUCUUCAAUAACUGGCAUUCUUAGGGUAUAUGCAGCGUACCCAUGUGGCCUUACCAAAGGAACAAACGUCAAGCUUCAGGUUUCUUCGAAAACUACGUCGAGGGAAAUCGUGAACACUGUCGUUAAGCGUUUAAACAAAGAGGUGGUCGCUCGGAAGCUCAAGUCACCGAUUUUUGAAGGGAGCAAGUUGGACUCGCUUUGCUUAGUUGUCGUCAUUGGCUCCAGAGAAAGAUGUCUGAGGGACGAUUUCCAUCCUCUGCUGCUUCAGAACCCUUGGACCAAAGGGAAGCUUUUAGUCAGGCAGCGGAACGAUCCACUGGCAGCUCUGGAAUGCGGCAACGAAGCAGAGGUGUGA